AUGGAGGCUUCUACAGUAGUGAUCAAGAUCAAGUAUGGGGAUACACUCAGGCGCUUCAUUGCCAAAAUUAUUGAUGAGGGACUGAAUUUCAAUAUAGAAGGACUGAGAAUGCAGAUAUUUUUCCUUUUCAACUUUCCUGUAGAUACCUCGCUCAUGCUGACUUAUAUUGAUGAAGAUGGUGACGAGGUUGCACUUGUUGAUGAUGAUGAUCUGCGUGAUGUGGUGAGGCAGGCCCUGAACCCCUUGAGGAUUACUGUGAAACAAGCUCGUUCAAGUGGAAAUUUUCCUCCCUUGUCUCGAGUUCAGACACCCUUUCAGAAUCUGAACCCUAAUAUCUCCGAAAUUUUGAAAUCUGUGCCAGAACCUCUACAGGAAACUGUAAAGAAGCUAUUGAUUGAGUUGGCAUCAAAAGUGUCUUCAUCUGUGCCAGGUAUAGCCGAGCUUGUUGAUCACUUCUCCGACAGGGGUUUGUCCUACCUUGAUCAGCUUUCUGAUUCCCAACCUGGAGCGCAGCGUAAUACCCAGAUUGAGGUUUGUGAAAGUAUCACAGAUACUGAGCAUUGGAAUUCCUCCAUGAUUGAUCCAUCGACAUCAAAGGUCCUGUCAAGCGUCGGACCAAAUGAGCAACCUUUGAAAAACCACGAGAGCUCAGCAAAAUACAUACCUCAGACAACCCCAGAAAAAAAUGAGGUCAAACUAGGAACCGUAAAAGGAGGUAGCGUGGAGGCCUCGUCUUCCAAAGCACCUGAAGCUGUGAAUGCUUAUGUUGGCAACCCUUGCCAUGAUUCUCUAUGUGAAUCAGUAGGCGUGGAUCCUAAACCGAGCGUAGUUCCUGUCUCUUCUCUCUCACAAGAAAAAUGCUUUGCAGGAACAUCCAGUGCUGAUACAACUGAGAAGGUUUGUUUGACACCUUCAAAUUACACAUCUGAUGUACAAAAGCCUAUUAAGGCUGGGCUGGAUUUUCUUCGAUGGAAGAAUGCCAAAAUGAGUGCUCCAACUAUUUAUCCCGCUCAUACGCCAUGGAACUAUCCAGAUGGCAGUAUAAAAUAUGUAUUUCAUGAUGGUGUUUGGAUGGACCCUAGUCUUGUGAGUCAAAGUCCAUUUUCGGCAGUACCUGUUGGAAAUGACUCUGCUACCCCACCACAUUCUGUUUCUCAAAGGAGGAGCAUUAGACAAAAUGAUGGCACUGGGAAUGUCUUCCAUCGGGGUGUUCGUUGCGAUGGUUGUGGGGCCUACCCUAUAACUGGUCCCAGGUUCAAGUCAAAAGUAAAAGAGGAUUAUGAUCUCUGCAGCAUCUGCUUUGCCGAAAUAGGAAAUGAUACCGACUACAUCAGAAUUGAUUGUCCAAUAUCUUAUCGACACCCCUUGUUUAAAAAGGGGUUGCAUGGCCUUCAUCCCAGGGAUCAGGCUGAUUUAAUGUCACAGGCUAUCAGGGGUUGCAAGGUUAAACCAGUUAUACCCAAGUUUGAUAGUCGCUUCAUUCAGGAUGUGAAUGUCAUAGAUGGUACUGUGGUGGCCCCUUUAACUCCAUUUACCAAGAUUUGGAGGAUGAGAAACAAUGGUACGGUAGUGUGGCCACAGAGAACUCAACUUGUCUGGAUUGGAGGAGACAAACUAAAUAAAUCACUUGCUAUUGAAUUAGAGGUUCCCGUGGCCGGUUUACCAGUAGACCAUGAGCUAGAUGUUGCAGUUGAUUUUAUUGCUCCUGAGAUUCCAGGUCGGUAUAUCUCAUAUUGGAGGAUGGCCUGCCCUACUGGCCAAAAGUUCGGACAACGUGUUUGGGUUCUCAUCCAUGUUGAUGCUUCUGUUAAGGAGCCUCUACAUGAGAGAGUCCGUGACUUGAAUCUUAAUUUUCCUCCUCCAAGCAAUGGCUUAACUAGUCCUGAAAUUAUAAAUAUGGAUCUAGAACCCAUGGUGGAGGACGGUCACCCUGCGCCCAUUAACUCCAAUGACAACAUGGAAGUAAGUGAACCAAUGGUUGAUGUGCAGCCAAGCAAUGAGCACGAGAACAGGUUCCCCAUUGAUGAUAGCUUGUUGUUUGGAAGUGUUGCUGUGUCGAACUCUUUGCCUUCAGCACCUCCAUCUGUUUUGUAUCCUGUUAAUGAUCUCUAUGAGGUAGUACCCCCUUUACCUUCUCAAGCUCCACCUCUUCCUGACGUGCCUCCACCUCUUCAAAAUGCACCCCUAUCAGUAUCAGAAAAGAAUGAAGUUGAGGAGAAACUACUUAGGGAACUUGAAGCAAUGGGCUUCAAACAGGUUAAUUUGAACAGGGAGAUUUUGAGGAAGAAUGAGUACGACUUGCAGGAAACAGUGGACGAUCUUUGUGGUGUUUCUGAGUGGGAUCAUAUUCUCGAGGAGCUUGGGGAAAUGGGUUUUCAUGAUACAGAACUGAACAAGAAACUGCUGGAGAAGAACGAUGGAAGUAUUACAGGUGUGGUUAUGGAUCUUAUUGCUGAAGAGCAGUAG